CGACAGGCACGCUGCCACUUCUGCAGUCCUCAUCGCCCCAAAUCAGCCAAGUAACGCUCUGCAGGCCCACUGCAGCCCCAGCCCCGGCGAUCAGGCGAGCUGCUGCAGAGCAUGGCUGCUAGUCAUAAGGCCGUGGGAUUCACAAACAAUUCGAUCCCCUUUUCCCCCCAUUCCUCUACCGAAAACGAUAACGAUGACCACAGCUGUCGAAUCCAGGCCAUCAUGGUGGCGCCGAGUGUUCAAGCGUCAGCGGUACGACCCUCGAGCUGACCGCCGCGUAUCGGCACUACCGCCCCGUCUCGACCUCAAGCUUAGCACAACGCCGAUGGCCUCCCGCCUCGACGUUAACUUUGCCAACGCCGGCCAGUCCACAGUGUCGCUGGACGUGCUGCCUACUGAGCCGCGGCCUACUUCCAUCCCGCCGUCCAAGUCCAUGCCGGACGCCAAGGCACUCUCGCGCGAGCCACCGCCUCCUCUGCCCAUCGCACCAGCAGCCGUCGCCCCGAUAUCCUCGGGUCACCCGGAAGCUCAGCGGUCCGCCCCCCCCGCCUCCCCCUCCUCGCCUGGCUUCAGCCGCAAGCUGCACUCGACCACACGGGCAUCCGAGACCCUCGCUUCCAGGACGCAGAACAUGCCGGGCUACAGCGUCACCACGUACGUCCCAGUCAGCGUCAGCGCCGCGAGCUCUGCCGACUCAAGCUCGAGCUCGAAGCGGGAGAGCGGCGAGUCGGGCUCAGCGUCGCAGUCUGAGCGCGCGUUGCCCGAGACAUCCGCCCCUGUGCGCGCUAGCGAAGAGAGCGCGUUCUACAGCACACACGACGAGGUCCCGCCGUCCGUGCCCGUGAUGCAGCCUGAGCCAGUGCACCAGCGUCCCGAGCCAGUCCAGCCGCAACACGCCCCCGCCCAAGCCGUGCAGGCGCAAGUGGUGCAGCCCGAGCCCGUGGAGCAGGUCGUCCAGCCCGUGUCUCACCCGCACCACGUCGUCCUCUUCCAGCAGCAAGCUGUCCAGCCCGAGCCCGUCCACGAGGCUCAACCUCAGCCACAGCCGAUUCACCAUGCCGACUUUGAGCCCCAGACCGCCGAAUCCUCCCGCCUCCCGGUCUCACCACCGCGCCCGCCGCGCUCACCCGGCCGCCCCUCUGCGCCCCUGGCACACGAGCCCGACCAUGAGCACACCGCAGACGAUUAUGCAUCUGACGACGCCUACGACUACUCGGACACUCGCGAGGGCGAGUACGAUUACUCCGACUCGCCUGAGCAGCACGCCGAUAUGACGUUCGGGCGUGGCCGCACGGCCGUCGCUUACUGAGUCGCUGGGAAUCGCUGGCGCAGGAACCAGCACGACAAGUCUGUAUGUACGAGUUGUAGGCCGCGGCCAUAGGACUAUGCACGAUAAUCUCACGAUCUCACGAUCUCAUGAGCAUGCGAGCUGGCACGCUGGCAACUGAGCUUGUUCUGAGUGAUGGAGGACGGAGCUAUCAGUGGCCACCAGUAGCAGGCAGGCGGUGCGGAGGUGUAAACAGUC